AUGAUUAACAAGAACCUUCAUUUAAACUUGAAGUUGAACAAGCUAGAUUUCAGUGCAUCUCCUUCCUCCUCGUCGGCACAACCAUUCACACCAAUAAACCAAACCACUAGUACUCCAUUGGAAGCACCAUCACUGCCACAUCCAGAGUAUCCAAAUGCACCACCUUUUAAACGCCAAACCCUGUACCUGUUUUAUCAGUCAACCAAUUCCUCUCAAUCCCAAACACAAUUGCCACCUCUACCACCGCCACAACAGCACCAACAACAUGGUAUAUAUUUAGACCCAUUAGCUAACCAAUCAGAUGAUAUACUCACAGAUGUCGAUGAACCAACUAGUUUCACCCCAGGUAGUGCUCCUAAGAGGCCAAGCCAGUAUCCUAUGUCCAAUAGUGGAAAAAACUCCUCAAUCUCAAAUUUGUCACUUAAUGAAAUUAAUGUCAUGAAGUAUAAUCAACAGCAGCAGCAGCAGCAACAGCAACAGCAACAGCAACAACUACAAAAGGAGAAUGGAUCGGUGAGAUCUCAUUCUUCGCUGGUAAGUUUGCGCAAACAAUCAUUGACUAGAAACAAUUCAAAUAACUGGUUACACGUGGGUAACAUAUAUAGUCUCAGACCCAAUAGUUCUAGUUCUAGUUAUAACUAUGGCUAUGGUGUUACUAAUAGCGUCAGCGGAAUAAAUUCUGCCACUGCUAUUACCAAUGAUACAGAAAUUCCCGAUUUCAAUACCAGUACCGACUCAUUGGUGGAUUAUGCACCACCGGCGAUGAGUUUUAGAACAUCGACAUUUACAUCCUCGUCGUCCAAUUAUAAUGGUACAACUCCCAUAAAUACCAAUUUCCCUGUUUCUGCAGGAGGAAAUAAUGGCGGCAUUCAGCAAUACUCUCAAUUCCCUCAAUUACAGCAAUCUAAUUUAUUAGCAAAUGGACAAUUGAACUCAACAAUGCCAGAUUAUCAUAUCAACACGCCUCCUUCUUCACAUAGAGGUUCUGUUAAUACACCAGUAACCAUCCACAGUCAUGGGGUGAUGCCCAAUUUGAAUACACCAACACAGCCACAGGUUAUCCAGUACGAUCCUAUUGCACUUGGUCAAAAUCAUCAGCCUUCAAGUGAUAUUUAUUUGAGUUUGAGAAGGAACCAAAGCUCAUCGAGUUCUUCUUCCGGAUCUACAAGGUAUAUAAACACUGAGAAUGCCAAUAUUCAAGCAUUUAACGCGUUGAAUGGUAGAAGCUGUUCCAAUAGCAAUGGCAAUUAUGCGAAUAACUUUGUUUUGAACUCGCCAUUUAGACCUGCUGUUGCAACACCGGGUGAUGAGUAUUUUGUCAAUGGGUUUAAUCAAUCACAAAGUCAAAUGGGCCAGCUGAGUCUGAGUCUGAGUCAACUGAGUUUGAACCAGCAACAGAACCAAGGCGAUGAGACGGAUUGUGAGAGAAUCAAUCUUCCAACGAGUGUUUCACUUAAUGAAAAGAAGAGAGAUUCACUAAAGAUGAAAAGAGGAAUACAUUGA